UUAUAUUUAUUAUACCUAGCUAGCUAGUCACUUAGGUCGUUUGUGGGUCGCGCUAGUUAACGCUUUGAGCAAGGCUUCCGCGCUUCCAACUGCAUUUUUGUUGUCCUUGCCUUCUCUAUCUAUACGUAUGUCGUGUUCCUAAUCGUAGCCUUCUACGCGGAGAAAAAGGGUCCAAUACCUAACCAAAAAUUAAACUCAGUGGGUCGGCUCAUGUCACGUGGUUGCGAAGAACAGGAUUGAAGGUGCCAGAGAUCAACAUUAGAAUGGCUGAAGCCAACCAUACAAUCAACCACUCAAACUCUGAUGAAAAUGAGUGCAUUGUGAGAGAACAAGACCGCUUCAUGCCAAUUGCAAAUGUUAUCAGGAUAAUGCGCAAGAUCCUCCCUCCACACGCCAAAAUCUCCGACGACGCUAAGGAAACAAUCCAAGAAUGUGUGUCGGAGUACAUCAGCUUCAUCACUGGCGAAGCCAAUGAGCGCUGCCAACGUGAGCAACGCAAGACUAUCACUGCUGAGGAUGUGCUGUGGGCAAUGAGCAAGCUAGGGUUUGAUGACUACAUCAAACCUUUGACAGUUUACCUCCACCGCCACCGCGAACUGGAGGGUGAACGCGGUUCAAUCAGAGGUGAGUCACUGAUGAAGAGAGCAGUUAAUUAUGGAGCUUUAGGUGUUUCUGCUUUUGCACCUGCCUUUCACAUGGGGCAUCACCAUGGGUUCUUUGGGGGUGGAGCCACAGGAGGAUAUCUCAAGGGUGCAUCCAAUGCAGGCUCUUCACAGGCUGCAGUGGCAAAUGGGGAACCGUAUGACCAGCAUAAAUGAGGGUACAGCAAUAAUAAGGAUUAGUAAGGAAUGUUUGCUGGGCAAACCGUGUGACACUAAUUAACUCAGUGAAAUUUUUUUUUUUUUUUUAAUGUUGACUUGCAGCUGUUGCGGAAACA